GCCGGUGUGGGACGGGAGCCCCCAGAGGCCAACGGACAGAAGGACGUGCUGAGGUCAGCGAGAUGGAGAAGGAAGGGAAGCCCUCAGAGGACAAGACCCCCGGCUCCCCAACUACAGAGGAGCCAGGGUCCCCAGGAGAUGGAACCACUGCAGAGGAGGAGGUCAAAGACACAGCAGGGAAGACCAUGCGCGAUGGGCCCCUAGAUGGGACAGGACAGCCUGCAGAGACUGCCCCUGCAGCGGGACUCCUGGGAGAAGCAACUGGGUUGGAGGAGGUCAAGGUGAAACUUGAAGAGGAGGCCCAGGGUAAACAGCAAAUGGAAGAUACUGGGAAGAUGGAGACCCCAGAGGCCUCGCAGGAAAAGGCUGGUGGGAAAGGCGAGAUCAAAUCUGAACUCGAGGUGGCUCAGGGGAAAGAGGAGGCCACGUCCUGCUCUGAGAAGCAGAAGGCUGACGAGAAAGAGGCCAAGUCUGAAUGUAGGAAGAACACUGAUAGGGAUGAUCAGACUGAGGCUGCGCCAAAGCCGGCUGCUGGUAAGGAGGAGGUGGUCCAGGCUGAACCCAAGGAGGCCCAUGGGAAGGAAACCACCACAAUGGCUCCUCCAGAGAGAGAGAAGCUGGAGGAGCCCAAGGCAGAGCCCCAGGAGGCUGGUGUGGAAGAGGCCAAGGGUGAAUCUCAAAGGGAUGCUGUGGAUGGAGCUAAAGCAGGACCUCAGGAGGUUCGUGGGGAAGAGAAGGCCAAAAGUGAUGCCAAGGACGAGGCGCUCGGUGGUGCCAGUGAGGAGCAGGACCACUCUGUGGAGGGAGAACCAGAGGAAGGGGCAAGUGUGGUCCCCAGCUCACCCGAGGAGUGGCCUGAGAGUCCCACAGAGGAAGGUCACGAUUUCAGUCCUGAUGGAAUGGGGCCAGAUAUUGAGGCUUCUGGAGAGACCAGUCCUUCAGCCAGUGAGUCAUCUCCCAGCGACGCGCCCCUGAGUCCCACGGAGCCCCUACCCCUGGAGGAGAAGAAGAAGGAGAAGGCCCCGGAGCGCAGGGUGUCAGCGCCUACCCGGCGGGGCCCCCGUGCGCAGAACCGCAAAGCCAUCGUGGACAAGUUUGGCGGGGCAGCCUCGGGCCCCACGGCCCUGUUCCGGAACCCCAAGGCGGCAGGAGCGGCCAUUGGCGGGGUCAAGCAAAUGCUCUUGGAGUGGUGUCGGGCCAUGACCAAGAAAUACGAGCACGUGGACAUCCAGAACUUCUCGUCCAGCUGGAGUAGUGGCAUGGCCUUCUGCGCCCUCAUCCACAAGUUCUUCCCCGACGCCUUUGACUACGCGGCGCUGGACCCCACACAACGGCGACACAACUUCACGCUGGCCUUCGCCACCGCAGAGAAGCUGGCAGACUGUGCCCAGCUGCUGGAGGUGGAUGACAUGGUCCGGCUGGCGGUGCCAGACUCCAAGUGCAUCUACACCUACAUCCAGGAGCUGUACCGCAGCCUCGUGCAGAAGGGCCUGGUGAAGACCAAGAAGAAGUGA